AACACCUCCUAACCAUGAUGUCCCAUCAGACCUGCUUAGUUAACCAUUACAUAUCAAAAUAUAUGUAAGCUGGCACGGUGACACUGAUGCUGCUGAACCAGUGGCGGAUGUUAGAAUCAGCACCAGGACAGAGGCGGGUUGGGGAAGUUCAUCAAACGUGUUAGCACCUUGAAGUCGGUUGAAUAUUGAUAGGUUCAGAAAAGUAAAAAGUUUUAAACCAUUUGUAGAGUUGUGGGCAGAAUAGUAGCCAUGGGCACUACAUAUAGGUCUGGGAAAUACAGAGUGGAGAGAGAUUUGCUGGACGAGGAGGGACUGGAAGCGAUCGCUCAGAGGAAGAUCUACUCUGAUACACACCCUAGGCUAACUGAACGCCUCAAAGAUUCACUAAGAUGUACAGUUCCCAAACUGAAGCAGCGCAUAGUGCACAGCCUUCCUGUGCUGUACUGGCUGCCGAGGUAUUCCAUCUGGGAGUAUGGCAUGCCAGACCUGAUCUCCGGCAUCAGUGUGGGCAUUAUGCACCUACCACAAGGCAUGGCCUACUCGCUUUUGGCCUCUUUGCCUCCUGUUUUUGGGCUCUACACGUCCCUCUACCCGGCACUAGUCUACUUCUUCUUCGGUACCUCUCGUCACAUUUCCAUUGGUACAUUCGCCGUGCUUAGCAUCAUGGUGGGGGGUGUAACAGAGAGAUUAGCCCCAGACAGUAACUUCCUCAUAGCGAAUGGGACUAACCUCACUGCUGGCCAGGUGGACAUACAAGCCCGGGACUUGUACCGGGUACAGGUGGCUGCAGCCACCACUGUCCUCGGAGGACUCAUCCAGGUGGUGCUGGGCCUGGUGAGGUUUGGGUUCGUGGGGACCUACCUGUCUGAGCCAUUGGUGCGCGCCUACACCACGGCGGCCGCCGCUCAUGCAGUUGUGGCCCAGUUAAAGUAUAUCUUUGGUGUCUCUCCAAAGCGCUUCAGUGGCCCUUUGUCACUGGUGUAUACCUUGGUGGAUGUCUGCUCCUUGCUUACUAAGACCCACCUUCCCACCCUGGUGGUCAGUGCAGUGUCCAUGACCUUUCUCAUCUCUGCCAAGGAGCUCAACUCCUUUCUGUCACCGAAGCUCCCAGUGCCCAUCCCAGUGGAACUCAUUACGAUAGUGGCAGCGACAUUGAUAUCCUCAUAUACCCAAUUGAGCAGCAACCUCACAAUCUCAGUUGUAGGGGAAAUUCCAAGUGGUCUGAGUCCACCCAGCCUGCCUAAUGUCCAUGUGUUCGGAGAGGUCGUGGGCGAUGCGUUUGCCCUGGCCAUCGUGGGAUACGCCAUCUCCAUCUCACUGGGGAAAACAUUUGCUCUAAAACACGGCUACAAGGUGGACAGCAACCAGGAGCUGGUGGCGCUGGGUUUGAGCAACGCGGUGGGAGGCUUCUUCCAGUGCUACUCGGUGUGCUCCUCCAUGUCCCGCAGCCUCAUCCAGGAGAGCACUGGAGGGAAGACCCAGAUGGCUGGUAUCGUCUCAGCCGUGAUUGUUCUGGUCACCAUACUGAAGCUGGGACCACUGUUCCAGGAGCUGCCCAAGGCUGUACUUGCGGCGAUCGUCUUUGUCAAUUUGAAGGGGAUGUUCAAGCAGUACUCGGAUAUCCCUCAGCUGUGGAGGAACAACAAAAUCGACCUGGCCGUGUGGUUGGUCACAUGGGUAGCCACAAUGCUCUUCAACUUGGACCUCGGUCUGGCAGCGUCCAUCGUCUUUGCUCUGCUCACCGUCAUCUUCAGGACCCAGCUGCCAACUUAUUCGGUUCUGGGACAGAUUCCAGGCACUGAUCUCUACGAGGACAUCGAGACUCACAGAGGGGUGAGGGAAAUCCCGGGAAUCACAAUUUUCCGUUCCUCUUCCACGGUGUACUUCGCCAAUGCUGACCUAUACCUCGAGGCCCUGAAGGAAAAGAGUGGCCUGGACAUCAGCAAGAUGAUCAUCUAUAAGAGAAGAGAGGAGGCCAAGCAGAGACGUCGAGAGAGGAGGGCUGAGAGACGGGCCCAGAGGCAGGCCAAGAGAGAGAAGCGAGCACAGAGCGCCAUGCAAGCGGCCGCGCCUGAGACGGUGCUGUCUGUGGAGGAGGAGGAGGCGGUCAGCCGCUGGAACGAUCCGUCCAGCAAUGAAGGGGCAGCACCGGGCGAGAACGGCGGGGGCAACGGGACCGUGUUCGUGAUCCCCGACAGCGCGCGCCACGCAGACGAGCAGGGUCGCUGGGAGUACCUGAAGGGCGGGGCCCCGGACUGCGCCAGCCUGGGCUCCGUCUCAGAGCUUCAGGACGAGGGCUCCAGCAGCGAGGACACCCUGAGCCGGGACCUGGAGCGGGUCUCCCUCGGCUCGCUGGGGAAGUGGACCUGGGACGUCCACUCCAUCGUCCUGGACCUCAGCACGGCCAACUUCAUCGACACGGUCGCCAUCAAGACUCUGAGGAGCAUUUUCCGAGAUUUUGAUGAGAUCUCUGUGGAUGUCUACAUGGCUGGGUGUCAAGCCAAAGUGGUGGAGCAUCUGGAGGUGGGGGGUUUCUUCACGGAGUCCGUGACCAAGAGACACCUCUUCGUGUCCGUUCACGAUGCUGUGCUCUACUGCCAGAACCACCGUGGAGCCGCCACCAUGCCCAGCUAUGAGGAAUACGAUGAGAUUCAGCGCAGCACUGCACUUUAGUAUCUACAGGCCUCUGAAGAUGAACCACAUCCCGGAAUCUCCGCAAUCAGCAGAAAGGAAGGCCAUUUCUGUAGGAUUCAGAGUCAUGAUUUUGUUCUUAACUGCAACUAUUCAUAUGUGGGGUACAAAAUGAAAUGCCCAGUACUACUGUAGACUGUGUGGCUAGAUUGGAAGAGAAGGUAAAUCUAAAAACGUUCAUUCUCUGUAAAUAAUGAAAAUAGUGGCAACAGUAUUUAUUUUUUAAUCUCGUACUUUAAUUAUACAAGGAAAAGUGAUAAACUGUGCAUUUCGGAUUAAAAAUCGGACACAUAGAGAUUGUUGAAGUUCGACAUUUUUGCGAUGUUGCUACACAGUAUUGCUGUUAUCAAACAAGUCAAACCAUACAUAAGAAGGUUAUUGCACAGACAUGCAUUGUACUACAAUCGUGCAAACUGGGCAUUACUGAGUGAGACGUAAAGUUGAGGAUUUUACAGGAUCUGUAUUAACCUUUUAAACUACUUUCUAACAUAUAUAAAUCUGUGGAUUUCAUUCAGGCAACAUGACUGCAUCAUUUAUUAUUUUCCUUAAAGUGGUUGAGAAGAGAUUGGAUGAAAUGAUAUUGAACAUCUACACACGUCUCCAAUAAAACACAUCUGGGUAAACAUU